ACUGCUCGAAGAAAUCAUAACAACUACUCUUCAAAGUUUUAUUUGAUCUUCGCUCAUUUCAUUACUUUCAAUCAGUAGCGCCAGUAGCGCCAAGCGAUAGGAAGCAGAUUGCGUAACCCAUCACUUUCAACCACGUGAAAAAUAUAUAUUUUCUGAUAAAUACUAAAAAUCCAGCCUAAAGAAAGCAGGCAGUAGAGCACCUCCUCCUCCUCCCCUCUCCUUCUUUCUCUCUCUCUCUCUCAUGGCGGGUCAGAACUUCAAUGAUACAGACAACAGUCAGCAACCGGGAUCGGAGGGUCGAUCAGUCGGCGGGACCGAGUACAGCUGGUGCCGAGCAGUGCCGGGCGGAACCGGCAUAACUGUGUUGUCUCUCCUCCUCUCCAAGCUCCCAGAUAUCUCAGCUCUCCAAAACGCCCUCCACAAGCUCCAGAAUUCCCACCCUAUCUUCCGUUCCAAACUCACCCACGACCCCACCACCAACACCUUCUCCUUCGCCAUAUCCCCCAUUCCCUCCCUCCAAAUCGAAUCCUUCGACGUCCCCUUCACUUCUCAUCUCCUUCAAAACAACCCCCUCAUCUCCCCGUUUCACUGUGUACUCGAACACGAAUUGAAACGCAACCCUUGGUCUCCCAAACACGAGCCCCCGAUUCACCCCGACACGGAGACCGUUUUCGCCAGCCUCUACUCGCUGUCCGACACGAAAUGGGUUCUAGCGCUUCGGUUUCACACGGCCGUCUGCGACCGCACGUCGGCGGAGUUUGUGCUCAGAGAGAUGGUGCGGUUGGUGGGAGACGAGAAGGGGAUUAAAACCGGGAAGAAAGGGGAGGUCGGUUUGGGAAUCGAGGAACUCAUCCCGAGUGGGAAGGCCAAUAAGCCGUUUUGGGCGCGUGGAAUUGAUUUGCUGGGCUACUCGCUGAACUCGUUCAGAUUCGCAAAUCUGGAAUUUCUGGAUACUAUCUCGCCCCGAUCGUCGGAGGUGGUGCGGCUGCAGAUGAACUCCGACGACACCACUAGACUCAUCACUGCUUGCAAGGAACGAGGGAUCAAAUUAUCUGGAGCCUUAGCCGCUGCUGGAUUGAUUGCCGCACAUUCAUCUAAAGACCUCCUCAAUCACCACCCGGAGAAGUACGCUGUUGUUACUCUCAUUGACUGCCGAAGCCUUUUGGACCCAGUUCUCCAUAGCUGUCAUCUUGGAUUUUAUCACUCUGCCAUCCUAAACACACACGACAUAAAGGGAGGAGAAGAUCUAUGGGAAUUGGCAAAGAGAUGCUACAUGAGCUUGAGUAAUUCUAUGGAUUGCAACAAACAUUUCUCAGACAUGGGUGACCUUAACUACCUCAUGUGCAAGGCAAUCGACAACCCAGGCUUUACCCCAUCCUCGUCGUUGAGAACUUGCUUCAUCUCUGUUUUUGAGAACCCUUUGAUCGAUGAUUUAAAUGAUUUGUGCCAAGAGGUUGGACUGGAAGAUUACAUGGGUUGCUCUUCAGUUCAUAGUGUCGGUCCCUCCAUUGCUAUAUUUGAUACAAUUCGCAAUGGGCAGUUGGACUGUGCUUGUGUGUAUCCAUCACCCUUGCAUUCCAGGGAACAGAUGCAAAAGCUGAUUGACAACAUGAAAAGGAUUCUAGUGAGCUAGCUAGAGGAACCGAAUAGAGUGAAAAAGGAAGGGUGUCCACUGAGUUUGUAACAGUACUUGUGGUGGUGUUUUGAGUUGAAUAGUGGGACUGAAAUUGCAGAAUACGCAUUCAGAGCUUAAGUCAUCUUGGUCACGAUUCCAAACAUACUUUAGGUCUGUUGUAUGCUGGCUUAGAUAAAUAACUGCCUCAUAAGGAGAGUUGGAACAGUCAGUUUAGCCUGUGUUUGGGUUUCGGUGGGCUGGGCUUUUGUUUAUCCAUCUCUGCCCAGCCCAGUCAAACAAGGUUGGCCUUGUCACAAUAUUGCAUUUUUGUACCAUGAAUAGAAAUACAGAUUAUGCAUGAAACUGAAAUAUAACUUUGCCAUUGCUUUGUUCUAUAUGCUGACUUGUGGUGGAAUUUUCUUCCUCUUGCUUUGUUUGUCUGAUCUCAGACCUCAAUCAACCCAUUCUUCAAUCCAGUCCUUGCUUUCUCUUGAAUAAGGGCAUAGCAUUAACUUCAAUUCAACUUGGCCACUGAUGAAGGUGGUGUGGGCUGGGCCAACUUACUGCAUAUUUCCAUGCCAUGGUUGAAGCUUUUAUUGGAGGUCCAUAGACGGAAACUAUGUAUUAGGUAUUUGGGAGGGAUGGACACCACUCAGCACCUAAGGUGGGGUUCAAUGCCUAACAAAAAAAGGCCAAAAGCAGGCAAAUGAAAGAGAUGCAUAGCUGAGGGAAGCACAGAAAGGAUGCAUGAAUGGAGAUUCUUCCUGUUUGAGGUUCGGGAAUAGCCCAGUCAUAGCUGUAUUUCAGUAUUUCUUGCCCAUUAUGGACUGGGCUGGGUCUAUACUACCUCCACCUCCUUGUACUCCUGCUUGGCCCACUCAUUGCAACCUGUUACUCAUAAUAUUUUCAGGUUGGUUGGGUUAUUGGGCUGCAGAGAAAAUGGUCUUACUUACAUGAAUCAUGAUACUUGCAUCUACUGGUAUAAGUUGAGGCCCACUAAAUCUUUCUUCAUAUAGCAAGUUCAAGGGAAGCACCGGACAUGUUCUAUUGAC